GAUUCAUAACAGAACGGAUCUCUCUCUCUUUCAAAUCCAAUCAUUUCCUGAGAGACAAAAACAAAAUAAAAAUCGCGUUCAGAUACACUCACACACAAACACAACCACCAAUCCCCAAUCUCUAACUUUUCCCGAGAAAAUUUUAGUUUCCAUUUUCAUUUCUCCCUCAGAUUCCCGGAAAAUAUAUUCACAACAUUAAUUUCGCACUUCGCCCUCUGCCAACUACCAAGCUCCGGCUUCCUCUGCCAAUUCAAUCCGUCGUCGUUUUCGCCAAUUCCGAAUGCGUCGAUUUCGGGUUGGAGAAUGAGUUCUCCGACCUCUUCUUGGAUCUCUGUUCAAACCGUCACACAGUCUCUGCGUUCGGAUUCUCUUGUCCAAUUUUAACUCUCUCUCCCUCUCUCUCUCUCUCUCUCUCUCAGUUAGUAUAACUACGUAUCAGGCAAAGAAGUUUUCGCCGGCUAGCAUGGUGCCGCAUAAAUCUCAAGGUGGUGUGGAGCAGCUUGCAAAUGCUGGGGUUUUGGGAGGAUCUGCUGUAAAAAUUGCCGCUGCACCUGCUGGGGGAAGUGGGAAGCAGCGUUUGAGGUGGACAUCUGAUCUUCAUGACCGUUUUGUCGAUGCCAUUACACAACUUGGUGGACCAGAUAGAGCAACACCAAAAGGUGUUCUUAGAGUGAUGGGUGUUCCUGGACUGACCAUUUAUCAUGUUAAAAGCCAUUUACAGAAAUAUCGCCUUGCAAAAUACUUGCCUGAAUCACCAGCUGAUGGUAAAGACUCUAAAGUUGAGAAGAGGAAUUCUGGAGACAGCAUUUCUGGCGCAGAUUCUUCCCCGGGAAUGCCAAUCAAUGAUGCCCUAAGAAUGCAGAUGGAGGUUCAGAAACGUCUGCAUGAGCAGCUUGAGGUUCAAAAGCAAUUACAAAUGAGAAUUGAAGCACAGGGUAAAUACUUGCAAAAGAUCAUAGAGGAACAGCAGAAAUUAGGUAGUAACUUGACAACCUCGGAAGCACUUCCCUUGUCCCAUGAUGAGCAAAAUCAUCCUCAGUCAGAGGCUUCUGGAUCUAGUGAGGCCCUUGCAAGCACUGUGUCUCCACUUAAAAAACAGAGAAUUGAUGAUGGUUCCAAGGAUGGCUUCACUGCUUCCCAAGUAAGAAAUGCUGCACAAAAGAAUGACUGCAAUGUUGGUCAGUUGGAUCCAAACUUGUAUGAUGAUGCUGGGUUUGAAUUUGAUUUGGAGACAAAAAAGGAUGAAGAUAAUGAGAGUGGACAGUAAGAACUAGGUUCCAUUUGUAGGUCAAUGUGUCUCACUGUAAUGUGUAGUGUAUUUUUCUGGAAGAAAAUACAAAUCAUGCUUUGUAAAUUAAAUUUCACGCAAUCCAUUUGUACAUAUUAAUGUAGAUAUAGAUGCAUUCUUCUCUCCCGGUCUGAGAGUCAUAAACACUGCACUCCACCCAACAGAAAUGCUUUGACAUGCAUUACACGUGUGGUCAUGGAUGAAUGUUGGGUGCAAGAUUCUUGUCGAUGUUCAGGUUGCUAUGGUCUUGGCCAAUAUCAAAGGUAUCAAUUAGCUGAUGACCACAUUGUUUGAUCCUUGUAGACAACCUAAUCAUGGGAUACUGGCUUGGUUCUUUUUGUUGGAGAUAGUAAUGACCAGCUUCCCUUGAUAUUAAUCAUUUAAUUUAAUUAUGUAUUUUCUUCGAGGUUAAUGUUGUUUGGCAUAUUUAGACUCAUGAA